AGCAAAAGAGAUAGAUUGUGAUCCAAGCCCAAUCCACUUCCUUUAUUAGAAUUGGCCCUUUAGAAAACAAAACCCUAAAACAACAAAACUCUUUCGCUGCCGCAUAGCUCUUCAAGUCGCACUGAACUCCACGCUACCGGAGUCUGUCAUUAGCCGCCACCAACAAAAAAGCUUAUUUUUUUAAUCUACAAGGAAAAUGUCAGGUGAGGAAGCUGUUGUUGCAGCUGAGCCCGUUGCCGUCGCCGCCACUGCAAUUCCAGGUGAGCCAAUGGACAUCAUGACUGCUUUGCAACUUGUGCUUAGGAAGUCACUUGCAUACGGUGGUCUUGCACGUGGCCUUCACGAAGGUGCAAAAGUAAUUGAGAAACAUGCAGGACAACUCUGUGUUCUUGCAGAAGAUUGUGACCAGCCAGACUAUGUUAAACUUGUCAAAGCUCUUUGUGCUGAACACAAUGUUAGCCUGCUGACAGUUCCCAGUGCAAAGACACUCGGAGAAUGGGCUGGUUUGUGCAAGAUUGAUUCUGAGGGGAAAGCUAGGAAAGUAACUGGCUGUUCCUGUGUGGUUGUUAAGGAUUUUGGGGAGGAACAUGAAGCCUACAAUGUUGUUCUUCAGCACGUGAAAGCCCAAUGAGUUACAAGAUCCACACACAGUGUUAUCUUUUCCUUUUCAUUUUGGGAUUAUUCGCCAUGGGAAUGAAUUUUGCUUCUGGCUUGAGUUACGUAUCUAGGGAUUUUGAUUGUUUAAUAUGAUUAUGUUGCUCUAGUUAUUAUUGUUACUCUAAUUUAGGUACAUACUUUUGUUUUGCUAUCACAUUGCAGUGAAUUUUAAUCAUUAACUAGUCUGUUACCGAGCAAAUAUCAUUUCGAUGCGAUUA